UCCAUGUUCAGGCCUCCUUCCCUUCAUGCUUUUAAGAUUGUUCAUGUCUUAUUUCAUCUAUAUAAGUGGUCAAGUGGGUUUAGAAUGCAUAAUACACAUAUCUAAGUCCAACACAAGCAUAUGGAAACAAUGUAUAGUCUUUUUCCGCAAUUCUUGCAAAAUCUGUUUUUUCAUCCUUGCUUCUUACCUGUCUUACUCUUUGUAAUUUUUUUCUACAAGUUUCUCCUUGAAAAUUCUGCUAAUAAUGGAAAAAACCUACCACCCUCACCACCAAAAUUACCAAUCAUAGGGAACCUUCAUCAGCUAGGUUCACUACCACAUCGUUCACUUCACGCCUUAUCUCAACAACAUGGCAAGCUUAUGUUCCUCUACAUGGGUUCUAAGCCAACUCUUGUGGUGUCAUCUGCGGAUGCAGCCCAAAAAAUAAUGCAAACAUACGACGUGAUCUUUUCUAACAGGCCUAAAUCUCGCAGUGCUAGCAGAAUCUUCUACGACUGUAAGGAUAUCGCAUUUUCUCAUUAUAGAGAAUAUUGGAGGCAGCUGAGGAGUAUAAGCGUUACACAACUGUUAAAUAGCAAAAAAGUUCAAUCGUUCCGAGCAAUAAGAGAAGAAGAGGUGGGUUUAAUGGUUGAAAAGAUAAAGAGAUAUUGUUCAUCAGUGGUUAAUUUAAGGGAGAUUGCUAUGACAUUUACAAAUGACGUGAUAUGUAGAGCAUCCUUCGGAAGAAAAUAUAGUGGUGAUCAUGGAGGAGUUAAUUUUGAGAAGCUUUUGGAGGAAGCCAUGAAGUUGCUUGGGGCUUUUAGUGUGGGAGACUUCAUACCUUGGCUUAGUUGGAUUGAUCGAGUCAAUGGUUUGGAAGGUCGAUUGGAGAAAGUUGUAACAAGGAUGGAUGUAUUUCUUGAAAAAGUAAUACAAGAACACCAAAAUGGCCUAAACACUAAGAAGAUCAUUAACGAUGAGUCAGAGAACGAGGAUAGUGUUAAAAAUUUUAUGGAAAUUUUGCUUGAAAUUCAGAAGGAGAAUAAAGAUGUUCUUUCGAUGGAUAGUAUCAAAGCCGUGAUAUUGGUAAGUGCUUUUCUAUUUUCAAAUAUUAAUUGCAAAUUUGCAAUACUUUGAAUUUUACAUGAGAAUGCUCCUUACAUGAGAAAUGAGAAUGAAUUUCAACCACACGAUUGGUUUAGACUUACAACAGUUAUUCAUUAGAGUUAUAUCCCUCUAAAAAAUUUUGAAUUCAAAAAAAAAUUGUUUUUUUUGAAUUUUUUUUUUUCCAAAUAUUUUGUUUUUGGAAUAACAUCACUUUUUCAUUAG